AUGAUCGAACGUCAGAAAUUGAAUCUGGAGGCUCGAAGGCUCCGUCGACAACUCAACAGCGUCUCAGAACAAAGGGAAGAACUCGUCACUGAAUUAAAGGAAGCUCAGAAUGAAAUCAAUUUCUUAACAGCCAAAUACGACUCGAUUAAGACAGAACCUCUAGAAUUAGAAGUUGAAAAUGAAAAAAUUGAAAUUGAAUUACGUCGCCUUAGUGGAUUAAUAUCUGAUACUGAAUAUCAGAUCAAAGAUCUAGUGAAAAAAAAGUUAAAAUUGGAGAGCUCCAACACUAAUAUCACAGAUGCAUCGAUUAUUUUAGUUGAUAAAAACGCCACACUUCGAGAUACAACCCUUGGAGUAAUCGAUAAAUUGGAUACAGCCAAACGAAAGCUUCAAGAAUUAAGUGAAGAGGAGAUUCGACUAAGAAAAUCAAUAACUGAGGUAGAGAUGAAAAGGACUACUUUCGAGGCUGAAAGGCGGCAAAUUCUCGAAUCAUCCAAACAGGCUGUUAAACGUGGUGGAACCACCCGCAAAAUCAUUAAACAGGGGUUAAAGAAGACCACUCAUCUGCAAGAAACCAUUAAACGCCUUGAAGCAAACCAGAAAACUCAAAAAGAGGAGUUGGAGUUAUUGAAGAAGGAAUCAGCUUCGAAGCGGUGCAUUGAAGAACGCGAGAAACUUGCGAGGCAGAUAGCACAGCUCUCAGAGGAAAUUAUUGCCCGGAAUGAAUUCGCUGAUGAAGAGACAAAGUACAUUCAACAGCUAAUGAAAGAUGAAGCCAAACUUUUCAGUGAACUCGAAAACAAAGCGCGUGGUCUUUCAGAUCUUCAUCGGAUAUUCAACAUGAAGUCACGUGAGGUGUCUCAACGGAAGUGGUACCUACAAAAGGCCCAAUUGCAUCGCACUCAAGUGCAAAGAGACCUCAAACUACAACAAUUUCACCUCAGUGCUCAUCGAAAAACACUUCUCUCCCUUCAGCGACAAUUGAGUCAUCUGGGCAAACUUUACAAGACGAUCAAUGUGGAACGAAACGGAUGUUUGAUCCAGAUCACUCUUGCUCAACAGACGAUAUUGACCACGGGAGAAAAGAACUGCUUCCACGAAAAUGAAUUGGACAUUCUCAAGUCAGGAUUGGCCAACAAGUUGGACCAAUUAGAUGAAGUAAGACAAAGAAUGCAGGGAAUUAAGAGGGACAGUAUUUCCAUUAGGGAGGAACUUUCCAAGCAGACACACCUGAACCGUGAACUUCAAACCAGUAUAAAGUGGUUGCAGACUAGCAUCGAUCAAUUGAAACGUGCAGUUGCAAAUGAAGAAGCCAAAAUUGGUCAAACUCAAACCAGCCUGAAAGAAGUCAACUCAAAGAGAGAUAAACUCAAAAGUCGAUUGAAGAAUCUUCAAAUGGAGAUUAGGUUGCAUCAAGCCACCGAUAGGGAGUUAGAAGUGAAAAAGAAGAAUUUGAAGGAGGCUUUAUCUUCAAAGGAAAGGGAGUUAUCCUUGCUUCUCUCCGAUAAACGAUCCGAAACGCGAUCUAUCGAAGUACUAGAGAGGAAAGGUGUGCAAAAGAGGAAGAUUGAAGAGGAACUAAGAAAAGACAAAGAUCAGAUUGCAAAGGCCAAAAGCGCUCUGCAAAUUCUCGAAAUUAUUGCCGAUGUUCCAUCUCCGAACAAUUCAAACAACCGACUUCGAUUUCUCGAGGGUUCCGAUCCAAGCAUGGAAGCGCUCUUAAAGAAGGAAGAGCGUCUCCUUUCAGACUUUUCCAAAAAGGAGACUGAACUUCAGAACAAUCAAUUGGUAUUAAAUAUUGUUGACAAUUUAGUCACAGAAAUGGAAGACAAGAAGAAGGAGAGUAGUAAGGAGAGCCUAACUUUGAUGAAAAAUGUCAACUCCGCCUACAGCGAAAACUACAAGAAAGGCGUUGAAAUGAAGGCCGCUUGCGCUGAGCUACGAAUGAAUAUGCUCUACUCGGAGGUGCUCAAGACCGAACUCAAGAAUGCUGGUAGUGGGCAAAAACCCCGAUGUCGCGGUCAAAAGGACGUUCUCAAACUUCUUACAAAUGAAAAGGCAUUGAAGCACUACACAUCCGAGAUUAUUCAUAAAUUAACCAUAUCUACGCCCAACAAAUUCUUUGCCUAA